AACAUGACGAGACACUAUUUACACACGACGUCACUGCCAGACUCACUCAACUCAGCGUCUUCCAGUGCCCAUCUCGACCCCAACCACUACAGCAACGACCCAGACAACAACGAUUACCUACAACACGACCCCAAUGACUCACCAGACAUCUCACACUGCAUCCUGGACAGAAGGUCCUCCAAUGGAUCAAUACUACGAAGGUCGGACAUCGGCAGCGCAGAGGAACUCUACCGCAGCACACGGAGCAGCAUCUUCAGCAAAACCAUAUGUAAAGCGGGCAGAGGUAGAAGACAUCCUGCUCAGCGCACC